AUGUCUUCUUCUACCGAAAAAGAAUCUCGCCAUAACAGUUUCGACGAUAUCGAAGCCAAACCCAAGCUUUCUGCCGACGACGUAUCUUAUUCAGAGCAUGAUGGCGAAAAAGUCCUAUACAACAAGGCGCCUGAUGGUGGCUGGAAAGCAUGGCUAGUUGUACUCGGUUCAUUUUGUGGUUUCUUUGCAACCCAAGGUUAUGGUUAUUCAUGGGGCGUAUUCUAUAGCGAGUACCAAUCGGUCUAUCCUGGAGAUAUGACGGCCCUUAGUUGGAUCGGCUCCUUGUGGUAUUGUCUUUGUAAUAUCACUGGUCCAAUCUACCUGUGGAUGGGUUCCAAGUUCGAUGAUCGUUAUGUGUUGGGCAUUGCAUGUAUCACCAGCUCGCUUGCCAUGAUGCUUGCCAGUAUCACCAAUGCGGUGUGGCAAUUGUACAUUACACAAGGUAUCAUGUCGGGUGUUUCUUCAUCGCUUGUAUGGUUUGCAUGCUUGCGUGGUCCUCAAGAAUGGUUUUCAAAACGUCGUGGUUUGGCUGUCGGCAUCACCAUGGCAGCCUCAGGUGUUGGUGGUCUUGUGUUUUCAAACAUUGCUAAUGCAUGCUUUGAGACCCUUGAUUAUCGUUGGGCACUUCGUAUCCUCGGAUUUAUGCAGCUUGUACUCAUUGCCAUCGCCGCCUGUACUAGCUGGCGUUUAAAUCCCCCAGCCAAGAACGUACCCUUCAUCGACUUCCAAGAUUGGAAGAACAAGAAGUUUAUCAUCCAUUUCUUUGUUCACUUUAUUGGCAACUUUGCUUUCUAUAUUCCCUCCGGAUUUAUACCUUCUUAUGCCAAGUACUUGGGUUAUAGCGGUCUCAUCGGUGCCAACAUGAACUCCGUCAUGUCAGCAUGCAUGAUUGUUGGCAAGAUUGGUGUUGGCUUCUUGAGCGAUUAUGUUGGUCGCUUCAACAUGGGCGUCUUUUGCGGCUUGAUGGCUUGUGUGGCCCAUUUAGCUGUAUGGCUUACAGCCACUGAUCAAGCUGGCUUGUGGGGCUUCUGUGCCAUGUAUGGUGUCUUUGGUGGUGGUUACAUUGCCAUGAUUACAGCCCUCACAGCUCAAAUUGUCGGUAUUGAAAGAGUUGACUCGGGUACCGGUUGGGCAUUCUUUGCUUGGUGUUUCGGUGGUCUGCUGGGUCAGCCUGUCGCAUCUGCUAUUGUCGAUCGCACUGAAGUUCCUGAUUAUGAUGGUGCUGUCAUCUUUGCUGGUGUAUUAUUCUUCGUUGGUGCCUGCCUUGUCGGUGUCCUUCGUGUCAUUUAUGGUGGUUUCUAUCCCUUCAAGAGAGUUUAA